UGAAACGAGGCAGGAGCAGACUGCUCUAACAGGAGGAGCCUGAGCUCGGGGAUAUCUGACAGGUAUCGUGUGUCAUAUCGUUACCAUCCAUGCAGAGCUGCAUCCCCACCGGAGCGUCUGCAGCCUGCCUGCGGCUCUAGAGAGGCAGUGAAGGGUUUCAGCUGAUUUAACUGUUUGGACUCGCAGACUUCAGACAGGGACACGAUGAUGAUGGGAGUUUGGUGAAGCUCUGGGAGCGGUUCUGGACUUGUGUACACCGACUGAAAUAACUCUGCCUGGCUGCCAGAGCGCUUAAGAAAGCAGGCACUCUUAUAUUUAACAACUCUGGGAUCUGUCUGUCCGUGCUGAGGACUGACUGAACAGCAGCAGCGGCGGCAGCGGCAGCAGCACCCAGAGGAGACGACGGCUUCCCCCGGCGUGAUAUUAACCUAGCUAGAUUAAAAGAGCAGAAAUGCGCUUAGCUUACUAGUGACUGGCACCAGUCAUGUAUUUGAGGAACUAUUCGAGAGAAUUCAUGUCUUUCUUAAAGUUUUAACGCCUUUACUUCUACUUUUGGUAUGAUUAUAACGUGAGUUAGUGUAUAAUAGGCUGCCGUACACUCUCACGAGUUGACGGUUAACCGUCAAAAAUAUGCAAAUUAGCUAGUUAAAACAUUAGCCUGCUAGCUAGUUAACUAGUUAGUUUAGCGAGUUAGCUAACUAGCUAACUCAAAUUGUGCUAGCAUAAUAAUAAUAUAAACAGGUCCACAACUCCACAUGAGCUGAAGCUUAAUUUAGUUAACUAGAUAACUAAAACCUAGCCAAGUUAACGCUAACGUUAUGUUAGUUAACGUUAAAUAGCUCGCUAAACUAGCUAGCUAGUUAAGCUAACUAACGUUAGCUAACCUCAGUGAUGAGCCUUGCCCCAAUUAACGUUAAGCUCCAGCCGCUGGACGGGAACGGCCGCCGCCUGUCCGCUCCAGUCAACGUUACUCCUCGCCUGUCCACCAACAAAACAAGCUAAAAACAGUCCAAAAGAAGAGCAGCAAAACUCAACUUCACCCUAAUGGAGGUCCUGACGAACCAGCCCGCCGGCGAGAGUGGAGGUCUAGGCGGCGGGGGCGGUGGAGGAGACCACGCCGCCGGCAUGUCCAUGACAGCCGCAGAGAGAGCCGCGGAGGUGAGCAGCCCCAGCCCCCUGAGCAAGCAGCGCUCCCUCCGGGCCGUCUACGUGCUCAACGACGGGCUGAAGGCGGUGGCGGCGAACAGCCCCGAGUCCGGAGCCCUGCAGUGUCUCCAGAGAGCCUGCGACGCAGAGAGCGCCAUCCUCACCACCGUCACCUUUGGCCGGCUGGACUUCGGAGAAACCUCCGUGCUGGACACCUUCUACGACGCAGACAUUGCCGUUGUGGACAUGAGUGAUGUGUUCAGACAGCCUUCCCUCUUUUACCAUCUGGGGGUGCGUGAGAGUUUCGACAUGGCCAACAAUGUCAUCCUUUACCAUGACACAGACCCUGACACCGCUCAGUCACUGAAGGACAUGGUGGCACAGAAAAACACAGCUGCAAGGCCGGUUACGAUAGGCUUUCCCUGGGUGCAGUUGCCUCCAGAGUACAGAGGUUCCGGUCUGAGGAAUAAAGCCUCCAGUGGGAACUAUUACUUCAUCCCCUAUGUAAUGACGCCAAAUCAUGAGUACAUCUGCUGUGAGAAUGUGGCCCAGCGGAGAGCAUCUGAGUACAUGCAGCCCAGCUGGGACAACCUCCUCGGACCCCUGUGUGUGCCACUGGUGGAUCGCUUUGUCAGUCUUCUUAAAGACAUUCAUGUCACCUCCUGUGCAUCAUUCAAAGACACUCUUUUGAAUGACAUCCGUAAGGCCAGAGAGAAGUACCAGGGAGAAGAGCUGGCCAAGGAGUUGUCUCGAAUCAAACUACGCAUUGACAACACUGAGGUUCUGACUCAGGAUAUUGUAAUGAACCUGCUCUUCUCCUACAGAGAUAUACAGGACUACGAUGCCAUGGUGAAACUUGUACAGACACUUGAGAUGUUGCCCACCUGUGACCUCGCCAAUCAACCCAUGAUCCAGUUCCACUAUGCCUUUGCUCUCAACAGACGGAACAGCCCAGGAGACAGGGAACAGGCUCUGGGAGUGAUGCUGCAGGUUCUUCAGUCAUGUGAGCAUCCUGCCCCUGACAUGUUCUGUCUGUGUGGCCGCAUCUAUAAGGAUGUUUUCUUGGACUCUGACUGCAAGGAUACCAAGAGCAGAGACAAUGCCAUACAGUGGUACAGGAAAGGUUUUGAACUGCAACCAACUCUCUACUCUGGCAUCAACCUAGCCGUUCUGCUUAUUGUCUCUGGGCAGCAAUUUGAGAGCUCCAUAGAACUCAGAAAGAUAGGUGUCAGGCUGAACAGUCUGCUGGGCCGGAAGGGCAGUCUAGAGAAGAUGAAUAACUACUGGGAUGUGGGGCAGUUCUUUACAGUCAGCAUGCUGGCCAAUGACAUCCCUAAAGCAGUGCAGGCUGCUGAAAAACUCUUCAAGUUGAAGCCUCCUAUCUGGUAUUUACGCUCAGUGGUGCAGAACCUAAAACUCAUCCAGCACUUUAAGAAGCAGAACACAGAGCAUUCCCCUCAGAGAGAGAGACUCAACUUCUGGAUGGAUAUCAUCGUAGAAGCAACUCAAGGAACUACUAAUGGCCUACGGUUCCCGGUGUUGAUUCUGGAGCCAACCAAAGUGUACCAGCCCUCUUAUGUGUCCAUCAACAGCGAAGCUGAGGAGAAAAACGUGUCGAUCUGGCAUGUGUCUCCCUCUGAAACGAAAGGCAUUCAUGAAUGGAACUUUACAGCAUCAUCCAUCAAAGGAAUCAGCAUCUCCAAAUUUGAUGAACGCUGCUGUUUCCUGUACGUGCAUGAUAACUCUGAUGAUUUUCAGAUCUACUUCUCCACUGAGGAUCAGUGUGGCAGAUUUUGCUCCAUGGUGAAGGAGGUAAUUACAGACGGCUCUGGGAACGCUGUGGAGUUGGAGGGAGAGGGAGAUGGAGACACUCUAGAGUACGAGUAUGACUACAAUGAGAAUGGAGACAGGGUGGUGCUGGGCCGGGGCACAUAUGGAGUGGUGUAUGCCGGAAGGGACCUCAGUAACCAAGUACGAAUUGCUAUAAAAGAGAUUCCUGAGAGGGACAGCAGGUACUCUCAGCCUCUGCAUGAGGAGAUAGCACUACACAAAUACCUGAAACACAGAAACAUCGUCCAGUAUCUGGGCUCUGUGUCUGAGGAUGGAUACAUCAAGAUCUUUAUGGAACAGGUUCCUGGAGGAAGUCUGUCUGCAUUGCUUCGUUCUAAGUGGGGUCCUCUGAAAGAGGCCACUAUCAUUUUUUACACCCGCCAGAUUUUGGAAGGCCUACGUUACCUUCACGAAAAUCAAAUUGUUCAUCGGGAUAUUAAGGGAGACAACGUAUUGGUCAACACAUACAGUGGUGUUUUGAAGAUUUCUGACUUUGGCACAUCUAAGAGGCUGGCUGGAGUCAACCCCUGCACAGAAACAUUCACGGGCACUCUGCAGUACAUGGCCCCUGAAAUCAUUGAUAAAGGGCCCCGGGGUUAUGGGGCCCCUGCUGAUAUCUGGUCCCUUGGCUGCACAAUCAUAGAAAUGGCAACAGGCAAACCUCCAUUCCACGAGCUGGGCGAGCCACAGGCAGCCAUGUUUAAGGUUGGGAUGUUUAAAAUCCAUCCUGAAAUCCCAGAGUCUCUCUCCACUGAGGCCAAGUCCUUCAUUCUUCGCUGUUUUGAGCCCGAUCCCAAUAAAAGAGCCACAGCUGGUGACCUUCUCAAGGAUCUGUUUGUGCGCCACAACAUUAAGGGAAAGAAGAAUAAGAUCGCUCUGAAACCUUCAGACUAUAUUCGCAGUGUGUCGCUGCCAGUGCAGCUGCAGUCCGAGGCCACAGGAAGCAGCAGCAGUGAGCAUGGGUCAGUGUCGCCGGACUGUGACUCCAAACAUGACGUUUUCUUUGAGAAAAAGAAACGAUCAGGCUCAGAAAACCUAAUUAAGCCCAGCACCUCCAGCUUCCUCAGUGUUCCUGAUGAAAGCCCCACGUCAGAGGACCGCACAUCUCCUGCCUCAUCAGAGAACAGUGAUUCUGGCCUCUUCCUGCUAAAGAAAGACAGCGAGAGGCGAGCCAUCCUCUAUAAAGUCCUUAAUGAAGACCAGGACAAGGUCACAUCCAACCUUCUGGAGAACCACAUCCAGGGCACAGAAGAGCUGAAGCUGUCUGUAGAUCAUAUCAAGCAGAUCAUUUGCAUCUUGCGAGACUUUAUCCGUUCCCCCGAGCGUCGUGUUAUGGCGUCCACCAUCUCCAAGCUCAAACUGGACCUGGACUUUGACAGCACCUCCAUCAACCAGAUCCAGCUGGUUCUGUUUGGCUUCCAGGACUCUGUGAAUAAAGUGUUGAGGAAUCACCAUAUUAAACCCCACUGGAUGUUUGCCAUGGACAACAUUAUCAGACGGGCUGUACAGGCCGCAGUCACAAUAUUAAUUCCAGAGCUGCAGACUCACUUUGGCCCGGCCUCAGAGAGCGAGGGAGCAGAGAAAGACGCGGAUGAGGUGGACGUGGAGGAGGAUGGAGAUUUUGGAGCAGUGGAGCCCGUAGCUCCAGAGGACACAGGGCUCACCUCGGGGGUCAGUACCCUCAGCUCAGUCAUCUCCCAUGAUUCCCAGCGCACACAGCACCCGCUUGGUGUGCAGCUUACCCGCCUCAAGCAAGAGACAAGCAGACUGCUGGAGGAACUGGUGCAGAAAGAGAAAGAGUACCAGCAGGUCCUGAGACAGACUAUUCAACAGAGAGCACAUGAGCUGGAGCUCUUUAGACUGCGACACCAGAACUCUACAGUGGAGACUCCUUCUACCUCCAUAUUCCACAUCUCAGUAGAGCCAGAACCAGACAAAGAGAUGACCGACUGGCUGAAGGACCUGGAUGCUGAUUCAGAGACCAUAGACAAGUUUGUUUCAGAGGAAUAUACACUAAAUGACAUUCUUAAUGACAUUACCAAAGAGGAUCUGCGAUACAUGAGGCUACGUGGUGGGGUGCUGUGUCGUAUAUGGAAGGCUAUCCAGAGGCAUCGCAGCAGAGAGCAGAAGAGAAUAAGGAGCAAUGAGCUGACCUCAGAGGGAUGAGCAGAGAUCCUACAAAAACAGACAUCUGAAUCGACGUGACACUUGUGUGCCUGUUGAAAACACACGCAGUUUGUAAGAUGUCUCUCCAAUCAAGUAAAGGACUCGCUCAACUGGUCUGUGUAUGUGAACGUUCCGUUCCGUUCUGUCAUUUUCCCUUGGCACUUCGGAUUUGCAUGGAGAGCUCUCUUUCCACUGUCAUUGAAUUUUCCAUUGACAUUCAGGCUCUGUAGAAACACUUCACCUGACAUUUCAGUGGGGAAUCUUCAGUUUUGCUCUGAAGAGCUGAGCGUUUUCUUUAUCUUUUAUUUUGUUGUUUGUGUAUAUGCUUGAUGAGAAGGAAGUUGACUGGAUGUCUACUUCCUGCAACACGAUCCUCUGGCAUUUUUCCAGCAGUCAUUCCUCAUAAUGUCAUACUCGUACUGACGUCUACUGGUAGCUGUAAAAAUGCCUUAAAACCUCAUCUGAAACAAGUUUGUUGCCAAAGGGGGAGAAUCGUGUUCUGAUUUGACAUUUUCCUUAUGGAAAGCUUUUGACAUAUGGAGUGACUCACGUCAGAGCAAAUGAUUAGACUUGAACUGAUGAGCUCCAGAGCUAAUAAUAGUGGUCCUCUUCCCUCUGCCUGUACUGCUUAACACAAGUCUGUGAAGACUUUUAAUCCUGUGAAACUACUCUACAUAUAUACUGAAUAUAUAAAUGCUAAAUACAGAAGUGUAUAUUGCAACCCCUUUCUUUGAGUUAAUUGCAGACAGUAUGAUUCAUAGCUCAGAUCAGGGAUCACAGGUUUAGGCUUGUGCUCUUGCUCUUACACACUGACGCUCUUACACACUGACAUUUCUCCAGAUUCCUUGAAUGGUUUUAUAAUUGUAUUCACAUUAGAAGAAGAAAUAUGCAAAUACCUGACAGUCAUUAUUUGAGGUACUGUGUUUUAAUAUUUUUCACAUGCAUUUGUUGACAAACUGGAUUUAUGUGGCCCAAAUUUGGUCCUCAAAGACUCAUUCAUGAAUGUUUGACAUGACCUAAUUAUUUUUUAUAUUACAUUUUUAUAAUGAAUUUAUAUUAAUAAAACCUUUUCUGGAGUAUGUAGCAGAGCCGAAAUGCAGGAAUACAAACAAAAAUGAAAUAUCUAUAGGCAUUUUUAAUUUUUUUUUUUUUACAUAUUGUCCCAAACGUUUCUGAUAAUUGGUGGUAGAACACAUCUGUUGAGGGGCCAAAUAGUCUGUCUAAAUGAUUAUUAUAGGCUAUUGAAAUAUUAUUACAUUUGAAUAGUUUGGCCCAAACCAACGUUUCAGAGAAAUUACAUAUAGCAGUUCCAGUAGUCAUGUUAAUAUACAGUGCACAUUAAAAACAGCACGCGUUGACCAAACUGAUAAAUGUACAAUCCAAUAAAUCAAAUCGCUAAAAAAGAAUGCAAAAAAAUAAUGGAAAAUAGAGAUGUGGAUUUUAAAUCCAUUAAAACCUGUUUUGGGCUCUGUGUAACUCAUUCAGACAAGAAAGCUCAAGUAAAACUUAUAAAAACCAAUGAAGUGUGCUUGAGUUUUAAUCAAACAUGCUGAUUUGACAGAAUUAAAUUUAAGUUAUAUUGUCCAGGACAGACUUCACAUGACUCACUGAGGCCUAGCACCACAUCUUGUCUAGCUGGCUAAUCUAUGGGUGCACAGAAGUUGAGCUCUAGUCAGAUGUUCAGCAGAUGUUCAGAAAUGCAUCCACUCAUCGUGUUCAUUGCUGUCAAUGAAAGUGUUCCUGCAAACAUACCUUUUUGAUAUAUGAGUAGCCUUAUGAGUUAUGAAUGCGUACUUGGUUAAUCACAGAGAAGAGACACAAGAAAACAAGACCAGGCAAAGUCCAUUUUUGCUGGAUUCCACAUGCUUUACUGAUAAAGAAGCAGUCAUUCAUGUGGGUCCAAAAUAAACAUCUGUCUAAUUAGAUACGGUGAGAACCAUUAAGACUUUAGGGUGAUAAAAUGAAACAACUUCCAGCUUUCUUUUGUACGUUUUACCUCAGAGCGAUUACAAGUUAGCUCUGCCUCCUAAGUCACAACCUACACAAGAUCCUUUGCUAUGUGUUUUGCAGUAACAAAGGGCAAUAUCCAUAAAUUCAACUAUUUCAUUGGAUUUUUCAUUUUCCUGUAUAUGGCAGACUAGUGUUUGAGUUCCAAGGUACUAAACUAUACUACACCAAAAAGGCUGCCCUCACAUAGCAGACAAAAAGUGACCCAAAUUUACUUUUUAAUCCAAUGCAUAUCAUACUCUGCAGAGUGACUUGAUCUAAAC